GCCACGAUCUGCUCGCGUCGAAUCAAACUGACGAUGCGGUGCGACGUCGAAACGAUCUUUGUCCGCCGUCCGUUUCCUCCCUCCCCCCGAGUGCCGAGCUGUGCUCAUGCGUGCCCGUGUACGUCAUCAAUACGACCGAAUACCGGUAGGCACUCAGGUACGGUACUCGUCCUCCGCAUCUCCGCUCCCCCUCGCCAUGUGGCAUCCUUCUAGCCUUCCAGCCUUCCAGCCCGCUCGCGCGCGGAUCCCCGUCGCCCGCCCGCCUAUUUGGCUUGCCCAAUGCCCAAUGCCCCAGCCGUUGCAAACGGGAUGCCGUAGAUACCCAGCAAGAAAAAAACCCGGGUUCUCGAAUCAUCAGCACUACCAGCUACUACUAUGCACAUACCGUACACCGUACGUACUCUACCUGUUACAUAUAUACGCCCCAUGCAUACAUGACUACCGACUGCAUUUGCAUGCCAGGCCGCUUGCGACCAGUGACCACGCGUGCCUGUGUGGUGCGAGUGUGUGUGGUCCCUCCCCGUUCGGUUACUUGCGACCCAUGUCGUCAUCGGCGUCGUCGAAUCUCCGAGCGACUUGGACCACUCUCCGCGUCUUGGGGGCGGGUGCGGUACGGUGCGGCGCGGUGCUGGGGACGGACUGGUCAAUAGGCAGAGAGGGGGAGGAAGAGAGAGAGAGAGAGAGAGAGAGAGAGAGAGAGAGAGAGGGAGGGAGGGAGGGAGAGAGAGAGAGAGAGGGAGGGAGGGAGAGAGAGAGAGAGAGAGAGAGGGAGGGAGGGAGAGAGAGAGAGAGAGAGAGAGAAAGAGAGAGAGAGAGAGACGUUGCACUCUACGGUACUCUACGGUACUCUACGGUACUCUACGGUACUCUACGGUACUAUGGGUAAGCAACAAGUAUCCAGACGCAGAGUACCUGCCAACUGGCAUCAUGCUACAUGUCCAUGUACCUACUCUACACAACCUGCACUGUACUGCACUCUCCAUGCGCCCAGAGCAUUCCACAUGUAUUCUUAAAUACACCUCUAG